GAGCCAUCCACCUGCAUUGAGUUAGUGGGCUCUAUUUUCAGUAUUUUUAAGCAUACCACAGCACUAACCCAGAGUGAUGACAUAGCAGCUUUAUAGUUGAGGAGUGUCCUCCUCUCUCAUUGUUGUUGUCAGCACUGUGGCACAGAGUCUGGCAGCUUCCUCUUUCUCCAGAGACCGGUGAACAUUAUUUGAUUCUUGUCCUCUUUUUCUCUGUCUUCUCAUUCUUUGGAAUUAAGAAACAAAAAGGCACCAAGCUAAGUAUCAUACACUCCUAAGAUGAAGCUGAUCCACCUUCCUAUAUUUGCAUUGCUGAUCAGCAGCAUACUUUGUCAGUAUGACUUAUUUCCCUACAUCGGUUUUUACGAUCCGGCAAAUAUAGUACAAUUGCCGUAUCCAGUGUGCUCUGUUGAAUGUGAAUGUCCAGUCGACUUCCCCAGUGCCAUGUACUGCAAUCACCGAAAACUUACAACAAUCCCAACCGUGCCAGCACAGAUAAAAUAUCUUUAUCUCCAGAACAACCAGCUCACUGGCAUUCCAAAUGGCGCAUUCGAGAAUGCCACCGAUUUGCAAUGGAUAAUCCUUGACAACAAUCAGAUCACUAACAACAACAUAGGGAAGAAAGCAUUCGCAAAGUUAAAAUCCCUGCAGAGGUUGUACAUAAACAGCAACAAUCUGACAGAAGUUGUACACUCCCUUCCCAAGUCAUUGGUUGAACUGAAGCUUUCAUCAAACCAGAUUUCAAAGAUUGGGAACAGCUUAAAAGGACUCGAAAAUCUGACCACGCUUAUACUCGAAGACAAUGCCUUGAAAGAUGUUGGUGGUGCUUUGAGCAAUUUGAAGUCUCUGAUGUACCUGGACUUGAGUAUGAAUAAACUAACUAAACUACCUGAUGAACUUCCUCCUGCCCUACAGAUGUUCUACAUUGACAAAAAUGACAUUGAAAAUAUUCCCAAGGAUUACUUCAACAAAGUUAACAUUCUGCAACACCUACGCAUGGCACACAAUAAAAUAACAGAUGAAGGUGUUCCUGACAAAGUCUUCAACAUCACCACACUGAUUGAGUUGGAUCUUGCAUUCAAUGAAUUGAAGACAAUCCCAGUUGUUAAUGAAAACCUAGAACAUCUGUAUCUACAGGCGAAUAAAAUUGACAAGUUCACCUUGAGUAGCUUCUGCCGUGUUAUGGGCACUGAGGACUUCUCCAAGAUCAAACACCUGCGUCUGGAUGGUAAUAAUAUCACUUACGCUAGCUUACCCAUAGAGAUGUCACAAUGCCUCCGCGUGGCUAAUGAAAUAAUAAUCAAUUGAGAAGAAAAGGUCUUGAUUUAAAAUAGUUCGUCUAUUAACACAUCAUAUAGUGCAACCUAACAUCUUUAUAUCUUUGCAUAAUCAUAACAUUUCUCUUGGAUCUUCAAACAGUUAAAUAAACCUGACAAAAUAAUGGAAAACAAAUUAAUGUUACAGUAGUGUACGUUAAGUAAGGAUUAAAGCUGUGCAAUGUGGUAUCUUUUUGAAAUGUAGCAUUUUUUGAUUAAUGGAACCUAGUUGGCUACCUGCUGUAUACCAAUUGAAUAACAAUUAAAUAAAGCUUCCAAAUAAAAAAAGGAAACUUCAACUAGUGCGCACAAGUGCAAUGUUAAAAUUGAAUUAUAUUACUUCACUGUUUUGUUUGUAUAUUGAUUCCCUCAUGUAGAGCCUUCUUCUGCUGUUCAAUAUACUGAUAUAUAUAUAUUUUUAUAUAUACACAUGAUCCAUUGGAACUCCUUAAUUUUAAAAGACUUAGAAAUGUUAUAAUAAGCUAUAUUUCAUACAAACGAAAAGAUUUCUGAAAAACAGCCAAGAUAUUUUUUCUCAAAAAUUAUAGGAAUAUCAUGUGCCAUUGUUGUAAUUCAUACAUGUUCUAUUCGUGAUCCUUUGACUCUGAUAAAACAGGAUUGGAAAAAAACAAUAGAAUCUGUAGGAAUCUGUGAGAAAAGGGGAUUUAAUUGGGUUUUGCACAGAGGUAUUAUAGAAAACAGGAUUAUUCUAUUAAUUACCAAUUGAGCAGUUUUAUUUCAUUAAUAUGUACUCUUGCCUAUAUCAUUUUUAAACAAUGACAGCUUCUAAAAAUGUUAGAAUAAUUUUCCAUAGAUACAAUUAAAUAUUUUAACCACACCUAUGUUGUAUGUUGUAAAUCAUGCAUGACAUUUAUGCACCUUCCUUUAACAACUUGUAUGCAACAUUGAAUAAUCCUUAGGAAAUAAAGCAUGGUUAAUUAAGUUGCAUUGCUUGUUAUUGCCUUAAGUUUAUCUGUUAUUUCUUUUGUUUUAGCUCCUAGUCUUAAAUCUGCAAGAAUGUCAUUAGAAUGGCUUUACAAUAGUAUGGGGUUUGAGGAUCUCAGAUCUCUAAAAUCCAAGUGCUAUUUAUUGCCAAUGAAUUCUGUCUAAUUCUCAACCAGGCUAAUAGGUGGAGCAUCUUCUAGACACCUCUGGGGGGGGAUAGGGAGGUGUCACAUGGCAUUACACCUUUAAAACUGGCCCCACUUCAGCUGAUUGCACAAAGGUACUGCUGAUUGGCAUGGAAAUGUGCGUGAUCUAGUUCAGUCUGUUUCCCAGACCUCCCCUCUGAAGUGAACUGCCCUAACCCUCUCGAUUGAAUCAGUGGGGUGAAAAUGAAACUGAAAAUAUUGAACCUGGUGCAACCAGUUAAAAGGAUUUGUUUCAAAACGCCACAAAAGAACUUGUUCCAAAAUAAGUGAGAAAUGUACCACUUACAGAUGUAAUAAACAAACCUUGUACUUAUAACACUUUUUGAAAUAUUUAUUCUGUUUAUCGCCAUUAAAAUAUAUUGCCUCCGA